AAAGAAAAGAGGCUAUAUUCGUCAAUUUUCACGAAGGGAUAAAGCCUGCUUCUGGUUUCCGACCAUCAUCUCCGAACCAGUCACACUGACGAACCCGGGUCGUCUCGCCUUCUUUCUCCUUCCUCCUCUUGAUCUUCUUCUUCUUAUCCAUGUAAUCCGCAGACGGAAAAUUUUGGAUUUUUUUUAAAGUUCAUUCACUCUUCCUUGUAUAAUCGCCAAUCUAUUUAUAGCUUGUUGUAUUCAUUCGCUUUCCGAAGAGUGGAGUUGUGUCCCAUUUAUUAAUGUCGACCAUCGGAUCCGUGCAAUCCGCGAAUCCGAGCAGUUGGGCGAAGCAAUUCAGGAAAUCAGGGCUCUCGUUGGAACUCAGCCGGUCGAGGGUCCUGCCAUCCGCGCGGAGGGUUCCGGCUCCGGCAAGGUGUCGUGGAAAUCUCCGGUGCUUGUCCCCGGUUUUACUUUCGAAGCAGAUUAGGAUCUCGAGGGUCGGAGAUGGCGUGGAUGUUUGGGGCAGGUUUCUCAUCGGGCCGCGAUGGAGAGGCGGAACGAGCGCCCAGGCAAACGGAGGAAAGGACGGUGACUCGACAGCCGCGGCUGGCGAGAAGAAAGACGGGAAGCUCGGGCUGAAGAAGGCACCGGCAGGAGGCAACGACAGCAAGGGCGAGGACAAGCCAGUGAGUUCGUCGCGGCGGGAAAAACAGGGGAGGAGCGCUUGGUGGCGGGGGCGGAGGUGGGAAUGGCGGCCGUUGAUUCAGGCCCAGGAGAUCGGUAUCUUGCUCUUACAGUUGGGAAUUGUGAUGUUCAUCAUGAGACUGCUUCGUCCCGGAAUUCCUCUCCCGGGGUCGGAGCCGAGGGUUCCGACCUCGCAUGUGAGCGUCCCGUUCAGUGAAUUCCUUAGUAGGAUCAACAACAACCUGGUGCAGAAGGUGGAGGUGGAUGGAGUGCACAUCAUGUUCCGGUUGAAGUCCGACGCAGCAGCUCCUGAAGGAGAAGUCGAUAGCAGGGUGAGAGAUACUGAGGCCUUAGUCAGGAUGGUAUCCCCGACGAAGCGGAUAGUGUACACCACCACUCGCCCAAGUGAUAUCAAGACGCCUUACGACAAGAUGUUGGAAAAUGAUGUCGAAUUCGGGUCGCCGGAUAAGCGGUCGGGUGGAUUCUUUAAUUCUGCAAUGAUUGCCGUCUUCUAUGUUGCAUUACUUGCAGGCCUGCUCCACCGUUUCCCAAUGAACUUCUCCCAGCAGACAGCAGGCCAGAUACGAAAUCGUAAAACUGGGGGUCCUGGUGGGGCAAAAGUGUCAGACCAAGGGGAUACAGUCACAUUUGCUGAUGUUGCUGGAGUUGACGAGGCAAAGGAAGAACUUGAGGAGAUUGUGGAAUUCUUGAGGAACCCGGACAGGUACAUAAGGCUAGGUGCCAGACCUCCUCGUGGAGUUCUGUUGGUAGGCCUGCCUGGGACAGGCAAGACUUUGCUGGCAAAAGCUGUAGCUGGUGAAGCUGAAGUUCCGUUCUUCAGCUGUUCUGCAAGUGAGUUUGUGGAACUAUAUGUUGGCAUGGGUGCAUCUCGUGUGAGAGACCUUUUUGCAAGGGCAAAGAAAGAGGCACCGUCAAUUAUUUUCAUAGAUGAGAUUGAUGCAGUGGCUAAGAGUCGUGAUGGACGAUUCCGUAUCGUUAGUAAUGAUGAGCGUGAGCAGACACUGAACCAGUUGUUGACUGAAAUGGAUGGUUUUGAUAGCAACUCAGCUGUGAUUGUUCUUGGAGCGACAAAUCGAUCUGAUGUCCUGGACCCUGCUCUUCGACGGCCUGGAAGAUUUGAUCGCGUAGUUUUGGUGGAAACUCCAGAUAAAAUUGGCAGAGAGGCCAUUUUGAAUGUUCAUGUUACUAAAAAUGAACUUCCUUUGAGCGAUGACGUGGAUUUGAGUGAAAUUGCUACUGCAACCACUGGCUUCACUGGGGCUGAUCUUGCAAACUUGGUAAAUGAGGCUGCUUUAUUAGCUGGGCGACUAAAUAAAGUUGUUGUGGAAAAAAUUGAUUUCAUCAAAGCUGUAGAACGGUUAAUAGCUGGAAUAGAGAAGAAACAUGCAAAGUUGCAAGGAAAUGAGAAGGGCGUUGUUGCAAGGCAUGAAGCUGGCCAUGCUGUUGUCGGUACUGCUGUCGCAAAUUUGCUCCUAGGACAGCCUCGUGUUGAGAAACUGAGCAUAUUGCCCAGAUCAGGGGGGGCAUUGGGUUUUACUUACACUCCUCCAAAUGAAGACCGCUACUUGCUCUUCAUUGAUGAGCUACGGGGCCGCUUAGUUACUCUUCUUGGAGGACGUGCUGCAGAAGAAGUUGCUUUCUCAGGUCGUGUCUCUACGGGUGCACUAGAUGAUAUAAGACGUGCAACAGACAUGGCGUAUAAAGCAGUCGCAGAAUAUGGUCUAAACCAAACAAUAGGUCCAGUUUCGCUGGCAACAUUGUCUGGUGGUGGCCUCGAUGAUGCUGGAGGAGCUGUUCCUUGGGCAAGGGAUCAGGGCCACUUGGUAGACCUUGUUCAAAAGGAGGUGAAAGUACUUCUGCAGUCUGCGUUGGAGGUUGCACUUUCUGUUGUGCGUGCUAAUCCUAGUGUGGUAGAGGGACUUGGGGCCCAACUUGAAGAAAAUGAAAAGGUGGAAGGAGAAGAACUAGAACAGUGGUUAAAGCUGGUUGUUCCCCCUGCAGAGCUGGCAUUGUUCAUAAAAGGCAGCAACCAAAGCCUUCUUCCUCUGCCUGCAGAAUCUGGAUAAUUAGUAGCUUGAGUUUAGAUCUAUGCGUAGCAUUGAAGAUCCAGCCUCUGAAACUUUAUUUCUAAAGGCAGUGCCUCCGGUUAGCAAAUCUUCAGAUGCCUGCUUUGGAGAUGGGUUUUGUCGUAACACACCAAGUAAUAUAAUUGUCUGCCUGUUUCAUUGGUUCCUUCUAAAGUUCCUGCUUCGGAUACACAGAACUGCCUGCGCUCGGCAAAAUUGAUGUCCAAAAAUGGCUUAGAUCAUGAUGAACUGAAGGCUAGUGGAGAUGCUAGAUAUUAGAGCUUCAAAGAUAGGGCUGUGGCUAGGUGAUUGACCAGGAUAAUGGAUCUCUUGAUACAGUUAUGUACAUUAAACAAAAUAAUUGUGUAAGUUCCCAUGGAUUGUAAAUUUGGUUACUGUACAAAUCCCUUGAGAUACCCAGUGGAAAGUCUGGUGUCCAAUACAACUUGACGCUUUUUAAGUUCUUAUAUAGUACGAAGAAUGUCCAGUGUACAUACUCUGACUGUUCAGUUGAUUUUUAAGAUCAAGUCCAAUCAUUCAAUAUAUUGAAGCUGGCACUACUAUA